GGUGUGUCGGUAGCACAGUACAUAAGGACACUGACACAGGAAACAGAGAAGUCACUCCUGAACUGCAGCUGCACUGGAGGAAAAAAACAUCUGAUUCCACAAUGGCACCAUCAGGCACUCUGUCCAAGGCCAACACCAACUUCUGUCUGGAUCUGCUCAAACAGCUGAGUGAUAACAAAAAGACGGCAAAUGUCUUCUUCUCGCCUUUCAGCAUCUCCUCAGCUCUGGCUAUGGUGAUGCUGGGAGCCAGAUGCAACACAGCCACACAGAUGUCAGAGGUCCUCAGAUUCCUUGAGGCACAGCAGCCGCUGCGUGAAGGAGUACAGGUGCUACAGCAGCUGCAGCAGCAGCAGAGAACAAAACCCCAGUGCUGUGAGGACGAUGUCCACGCUGACUACAACCAACUACUGACAGAGCUCAACAAGCCAGAUGCUCAGUACAUCCUCAGUGUUGCCAACAAGCUGUAUGGUGAGCAGACCUAUGAGUUUGUUGAGGAUUUCUUAGAAAAGACCAAGAAGCACUACAAGGCGGAGCUGAAGGCUGUGGACUUCAAAAACAACCAUGAGGCAGCAAGGCUCGCCAUCAACACCUGGGUGGAGAGUCAGACACAAGGUAAAAUAAAGGAUUUGCUGGCUAAAGACAUGGUGGACACGAUGUCCAAGCUGGUGCUGGUCAAUGCCAUCUACUUCAAAGGCAAAUGGCUCGAGCAGUUUAAGGAGAGUGAAACAACAGAUGCUCAGUUCAGGAUCAACAAGAAUGAAACUAAGCCAGUGAAGAUGAUGCACAUGCACAAGUCGUUUUCAAUGUACAUUGUUGAUGAAUUCAACCUCCAGAUCCUGGAGUUGCCUUACAAAGGGUCGGAGCUCAGCAUGCUCAUCUUUCUGCCCAUGAGUAUAGAGGACAAUUCAACUGGUCUGGAGAAGCUGGAGAAGCUUCUAACAUAUGACAAAUUUAUGGAGUGGACUUCCCCUGACGCAACGUCUCUGUAUGAUGUCGACUUGAGUCUGCCUCGGUUCAAGAUGGAGGAGAAGUAUGACAUGAAGGAUGUCCUGGUCAGCAUGGGCAUGGUGGAUGCCUUUGAUAUGGAUAUGAGUGACUUCUCAGGCAUGUCUCAUACCAACGAGCUGGUCUUGUCAAAAGUUGUCCACAAGGCUUUUGUGGACGUCAACGAGGAGGGAACGGAGGCUGCUGCAGCCACUGCUGCCAUCAUGAUGCUGGGUUGUGUCUUCAAACCUAGAGUCACUUUCAACGCAGACCAUCCCUUCCUCUUCUUCAUCCGCCACAACGUCACCAUGAGCAUUCUGUUUGCUGGCCGCUUCUGCUCCCCUAACUGAGCACUACAUUGUUUAAUCAGAGUUUAACCUCAUCACGAGUUAUUGCUCUUGAUGACGAAUAUUUCUGUACUCCAGGUUCUUGUCUGCAUUACUUCAUUUAUUGCUUCUUAUACUCAUCCAAGAGAAUAUUGUGAUCAAAUCACAUUAAAAGAUGAGUCCUUGCUGUUAAUGUAAAGUGGGGGUAUGUGCAUUUGAAACUCCAUGCAUUACAAUAAAAGUACCAGUAAUGUCGACUAAA